AGUCGUUUGCAGCUUGUCGCGCGGUGCGGUUCGUUUUAUUAGAUUUGAACGCUACGGGAUAUUCCGGUAGGAUUAAAGAAUAACACAUUUACACACAAAAAAAAAGUAAACAGACACACAACAAACAAAUACGGACGGUGUUUUUUUUAUGGUUUAAAUAAAUUUAUUUAAUAUAAAAUUUGUGAAAGAAUUAUAAAGUUUUUCAAAUGUUUUUAAAUAUUGUUUUGGAAAAAGAAGUUAUUAAAAUUGUAUAGAGCCACAAGAAAUAUGAAUGAAAUUGGAUACAAGAUCAAAAGAGUUGUUACAAAGUUAAAAACCGCCUAACAAGUGCUAAUUUAUAUUAAAAUAAAUAGAAAAAAACAAAACAGAUAAAAGAAGUGAGAAGUUAAAGUUUUAUGAUGAUAGAAUUAGAUAAUGAAGAGUGAAUGAUAAAAAAGUAAAUAAAACAAAAAAAUUUAACAAAAAUUAUAAAAAUAUAUUAAUAACUGUGUUUAUAAUUUGUAAUAAAAGUGUUGUUGUUAUUUUUUCGUUUUAAAGAGAGUGUUAGUGAGUGAGUGUUAAUAAAGAGGUGUCAAAAUCAUUAACAAAAACAACAAAUAUAAAAAUAUACCGGCAAUUUUAAUGCUUUUGAAUUAAGUUUUUUUUGUUUUGCUGGGUAAAUAAUUGUGUCUGUACCAACAAUAACAAACCAGCUAUUUGUGCAAAAUCUCGUCGAGCAGAAAACAAAAGAGUGCCUUUUUCACCCAGUUUAUAAAAUUUGAAAAAAAAAAAAACAAAAACAUCACCCCCUUUUUUUAUUCAAAAUAAAUUGAAACCAACCAGCCAGCCAGCCAUCCACUCAGUCAAGUCAGUCACUCUGCUGAACCAACCGUUUAACUAACAACGAACCCUAAACUAUACAACAACAACAACAACUUUUACAAAAAGGAAAAAAUAAAUAUAUAGGAAAACAUUUUGCUAUAAAAACUGCCAAUAAAACAACAACAACUACAACAAACAAUAACAAGCCACCCCGUGCUUUGAUUUCAUUUUACUCUUCUUUUGCACAUUUUAAUUUGUUUUUGUUGUGUUUAAGUUUGCUUUUCUUUUGGGAUUCAUCAUCAUCACUCUUUUUCCCUUUUUAUUUGCAACACUUGCUACAUUUAACCGCAUUUUGCCGGCAAACAUAAACGAACAAAAAACACAACUACAACAACCACUAAUAACAACUACUACAACAAUAACAAUAGGAGUUGUAGUGAACUUAACCAAAGCACAAUAAACAAAUAAACAUUAACAAGAACAGCAACAACAACAACAACAUACUUCUCUACUCUCUUUACAACAAAAGCAAUAUCAAUAAAAAUAAACGGCUAUAAAAACUACAACAAUAACUACAAUUCCCUUAAAAAAAGCAAAACAAAACAAAAGGAUAGAAACUGAAAAAAAAAAAUAAAAUUAAUGCAAAAUUAAAACAACAACAAAAAACUAAAAGUUUUAGUUUAACAAAUAAUUCUAUAAAAAGAGAUUACAACAACAAACUAAAAUUUGUUUAAACUUUAUCCUUUUAUACAAACAAAUAAACUUUAAUUUAUUAAAAAAACAACAAAUAUGUUUAACAGUAGAACAUUCUUUAUUAACAACAACAACAACAACAAAAUGAGUUCCUUUUCAAACCGCUCCACCACUACAACAAAUUCUUCCUCCACUCAACAACAACAACAAAAACAACAACACUGCCUUUACUCUGGGAAUAUUUACCGUCCUUUGUUUGUUUCUUCAUUGUUAUUAUUAGUAAUUGGUUUAUUGAACCCUAUUAACCCGAUUAAUGCUUUGGAUUCUAUAACCGCUCCACCACCCCCCUUGGCAGCAGCUUUAGCUGCUCCUGGCGGUUCCUCAAUACUCGAACAAUUUAGUCCAAAUUGUAGUGCUGUUUCGCAUAUAUUUCAAAGUCGUGGCAUAGAUCCAGCUGAAAUACCACAGAAACCUUCAAAUGAAAUGGGUUUGCGUUAUUGUGAAUCACCUUCGGUGGGUACUUGCUGUACACAUAGUAUGGAAACAAAAAUGGCCAUGCAGUCACGUCUGCAAUUGGAGAAACAUUCCAAAGAACAAAUUUUGAAAAUGUCAACUAUGCUGAGUGGUAAAGCACAAAAAUUUAAUGAACAUUUUCGCAAACUACUGCAAGAAUCCAAAGCGGAAUUCCACAAUAUGUUUACACGCACCUAUGGUGUGAUCUAUCAACAGAAUUCCUAUGUAUUUUCUGAUCUCUUUAAUGAAUUGGAAAACUAUUAUACACGUGGCCGUGUCGAUUUGCUAGAUGUUAUGGAUACAUUUUUCAAUACAUUGUAUCAGAAAAUGUUUCAAGUGUUAAAUGCUCAAUAUACAUUUGAUGAAAAAUAUCUACGUUGCGUUAGUGAACACAUGAAAGAACUUAAACCCUUCGGUGAUGUGCCCGACAAAUUAUCCGUCCAAAUUAAGAGAUCUUUUGUGGCCACACGAACUUAUGGACAAGCUUUAGGCACAGCUGCAGAUGUAUCCAAAAGAUUAGUUAAUGUACGUCUAAAUGCUGACUGCACUUCGGCUCUAACGAAAAUGCAACACUGUGGCUCUUGCAAGGGUUACACCGAAAAACCCUGUACAAAUUAUUGCAUUAAUGUCAUUAAGGGUUGUCUGCACUUUUACAAUGAACUGGAUACCGAAUGGGAAAACUAUGCCAUGGCAAUGGAAAAAUUAGCUGAACGUUUAUUGGGUUCCUUUAAUAUUGUUAUGGUGGUGGAACCUAUAAAUAUUAAAAUUUCAGAGGCUAUUAUGAAUUUUCAAGAUUCGGGCCACGACAUUACCACCCGUGUCUUCCAGGGCUGUGGACGUCCCACUUUAGGUCGUGCAAAACGUAAUGUUAAUCCCAAAUUCGUAGCAACUCCCCAGCACAAUCAGGAAACUAAGUCGUUGAAAAAACGUUCAGCUUCAUCCGAUUUCUUAGAUAUUGAACAGCUCGAAACUGAUAUUCUUGAUAUUGAUGCUGCUUUAGAUGAUGCCAUCGUAUUGCGUGAACGUAGAGCUGCCGAUCCCGGUAAUCGUGAUAGCAGUGAAGGUGGUAAUAACAAUGGCGGAACCGGUGGUGGCAACAACAAUAACAGACGCAAUAACAAACGUAAACAACAGAAUCGUAAAAAUGAUGAGAAUGAAUAUAAUGGACGCGAUCCGGCUUUAGAUAAAUUAGUCAAAGAUAUUAAGCAACGAGUUAAGGACUAUAAGAAAUUCUGGUCAAAUUUGCCACAUCAAAUAUGCAAUAAUGAUGAUAUAUCCAGUUCCACCGAUGCUGAUGGUAUGUGCUGGAAUGGUCAUACUAUUGAUAGAUACAUGCAUUCGGUGACCACUGAACAUGGUUCAAAUCCCGAAUUUCCUGGUAAUCCCGCUACAACCAAACAAACUAGCCAGGUGGCUACACAAAUUCAUUAUUUGAAAAAUGCCAUUAGCCAUUUGCGUAACGCCUACAAUGGUCAGGAUGUGGACUGGAGUGAACAAGAAGAACCUUACUACGGCAGCGGUUCCGGUUCGGGUGGCGGUGUUGAUGACGAAGAUGACGAUGAAGGUUCCGGUUUGGGUAGUCCCUUUACACCUAGUCACAAACCUGAUCAUACCGAUCGUCCCUCCGUCAACGUUAACAAUGUCGACGAUGAAGACGAAGAAAUUGUCGAGGAACGCACGAAUUUGGGCGGUAACGUUGGCUUGGGUGGUAGCGGCAUACAGACACACACCUCACGACCCCAUAGUCCACACGAAACUAAUGUCCUGGAAGAAGACGAUAGUGAACAUCAUGAUCAUAGUAUUGAUGAUGACGAUGAAGGAGAUCUCAAGUCAAGUGGGUCGUCGGCGGUGGGUGCAGAGAAAAUGUCAUUACGUCGUGCUUUAUUUAUGUAUUUAAUGCCAUUGUAUAUGGCCUGGUUUGGUGGCAUUAUUGUCGAUAUGCUGUGAUUUGUUAUUUAGGUUUUUAUUUUGUUUUUAUAUUUUUUUAUAAAGAAAUUUUUUUUUAUUUAACUUUAAAAGAGAAAAAAACUAAAAAAGAAGAAAGGAAAUUUUAAAUAAUCUACAGAAUUUGUAAAACUUUACAAAAAUUUUUAACUCGAAAUUUUUGUUUUUUUUCGAAAUUAGAAAAAAAGGAAAUUUAGUAGCAUUUAGUUAUUAAAGAAAGAAUACUAAAAGUCUUAAUGUAAAAAUCUCUAUACAAGACUUUUGUUAAAGUUUAGUUUUUUUUUUACUUUUUAAAGUAUUUGAAACUAACUUAACAUGUACUAUAUUAUUUUCUAAAAAAAAAAUGCAAAUUUUAGCCUAAAUAGAUUUAUCUAUUUCUUUACUAAGGUUUAAAAUUGUUUCUUUUUUGCAAAAUUUUUUAAAAUUUCUUAUUAAACAGAACAAAUUUUAUAGGUUUUUUAAGAAAAACUAAAACACACUAAACAAUCUAUAUACGUAAACCCAAUAAUAAUGUUUUAAAAAGUGAAACCCUUUUGAAAACCCAUAAUUUUUUUUUAUACGCCCCCCCUCAUAUAGUUUGUAAGUCUUUAAUUUUUUAAUAAUAAAUGGAAAAAACAUUAAGUUUAAAUUUCGUAUAAUGUCUAAAAGUAAUAAUAAUACGUACAUAUUUAUAUAUUGUUAGUUUAUAACAAAAAAAAAAAGAAACACACAUUUUAAUUGUAAAUGAGAAUGAUAAUUUAAUGAAAAAAGGAAAAUUUUGAAUAUUUAAAGGAUUAACAGUUCAGUUUUAAGAGAGUUUAGGAAAUACAAAAGUAAUCAGAACAAUUACAAAAGGAACAUCCUAGCUUUAAUCUAAUAAAGUUGCAAAUUUUCAAAAAUUACAAAUCAAAUUUCAAAAUCUAAUCUAUUUAGAUAAAAAUUUGCAAACCUUGACGGGGUUCUAUUGUAAUAUUGAAAAUCAAACCUUUUGUAAACUCUUUAAAACCUGAACUGUCAAACUUUUAACUGUGUGAUUUUGAGUGUGAAUGAUGUUUAGUAAUUGUAUGAAUGUAAUUUUUAAUAGAAUGUAUGUGAUAAUAAAAAAACAACUUUCAAAUAAUAUUAAUAUUAAAUAAAUUGUAAAAGCAUUUCCAACUGCAAUUAAAAUCGAAACAAACAGAAAAUAUUUUGCCACAAUAUUUGUUAUUUUAUACGAUUUUUAGUAAAAUUUCAAAAUAUUUCUUCAGUUAUUAUUAAUUGCCAUAUAUUUUUUAAAAGAAAUUUCGAAUUUUUAAGAAAAUAUGUGAGUUUUGAACUAGAUUCGAAUAUAUACCAGCCUAACAACUUCGAAUAUGUUCUUUUAAAUGAGUUUUACUCAAAAGAGUUUGAUUUAGAAUCAUGUUAUGAAAAUUUGCCAAUAGAAUUUUAGUUUUCAAUAUGCAUUCUAAUAUUUUUGAAAACAUAUCAACCAGAUAACCAUUUUAGGUUUGCAACCUAAUGUAUUCAUCGGUCCUCUGAAU